AGACGAUCUGGGUGUGGGAUAUGAAGACUACCGAGACAGUGGGCGCCCCUUUCCAUGGGCACACUGAAUCCCGGUUCUGUCUGUCGCAAUCUCACGCGACAGCAAGCAAAUUGUAUCCGGUUCAUCCGACAAAACCAUCCGGGUGUGGGACAUGGAAUCUCUCAACAAGCCUUACCCUUCCAACGUCCCUGCAAUAUGCUUUCAUCUAACCCAAUAUACGCUCUUCAUUCCGCCUCCUCAUUUCUCCAGUAUUCUUCAGUUCUCUGUUGUUGCGAACAAGGAUGGAUGGGUUGUGUAUGUCCAGACGGAUGACUUCUUAUUCUAAAUCCCACGCAAUUUCCACCCGCAGUGAUGAAUGUCCCAGGCAACAUGGUCGUAAUACACGUCUUGCGCAUGGCACGUCCUAGGGAACAAAAGGCUGCCUUGAUUUCAUUAACCCUCGUAUGUCGCGUCAUAGUCAAUCUUGGAGAUUUGCACACGCACUAGUACUAUGUGUUUGCCUUGGUCAGGGGUUUAUUCAGUUCACUUCGUCACGUACAAGUCAAACUUCGCUAAUGCACAAAAUUUUCCAUGAUGCUUUGAUUUGUACUGAAACACAGCGUACAUUAUGCAUUGUCUCCACUAUCACUGUCAGCCUUAUAGAUCACAUACUGUCACUGAUUCUUCCUGUGAGCGGGAAGACAAAUGAUAUAUUCUACUGCACAUGUCCUCCUUUUCCUGCCUUACAAUUGAGUGAACACUGCAUCGAGGAGAAGAAUGACAGUGGGCUAUCGUUCAGUGACCCAAGUUUAUUCAAAAUCUCCAUGAGUUUCAUAAAAAAAACUUGUCAUUUAACGUCUUCCGCACCCUGAACCAUGUCAACAUUACCCACUGGGCUCACCUAGCGUGUCAAUUAUGUCCUAUACUACACCACAGGCGCAAAGGUUAGAACAAUAAUAGCGCAAGGUAGGUUACAUCAAUGACUAAGCACCUCCACCAGCCCGUUCAAGUCCUAGCAGCAUCCAGCAUGUUGAACUGGAACGCAACUGGAACGUCUCAUCCAACCCCUCCAACCUCAAAGGAGCCCUCUUCCCAACCUUGGCUGCCUCAGGGCAAUAUCGAUAUCGAUUAGUUCGACUUUGCUGCUGCAAAAGGAUGAGUGGUGGGUGGGUGAUGCAGAAUUAAGAUAUGUAGGGCAGAGAUACGUAGUGGUUGAUCAUGGGGUGCAGGGUGAGAUGAUCAGAUCUUGGUGUAUUGUGCACGUGACUGCGAAAU